AUGCGUCAGGCACCCGGAGGUCGGCUGGGGGUGUGGCGCCCUAUGACCUAUUCGCCGCUGCACUGGAUGUUGCAGUGGCUGGUGGCGGCGGCCGGCAGCAGGGCGGUGGCCGUGCCGCUCGCCGUGCUGUGGCGAUGCGGCGGUGGCCCACGAAGCGGCAGGACGGCUGGGGCAGGCGUGAGGGCCCUCGGAACCGCCCAGCAGGUGGACUGGCUGGAAGUCGUGAACAAACAGUUUGUGGGUGUUAUUACUGCCCCUGGGACAUCGUCUGAGAAGUUUGUGUGGUUCAACAUCGGCAGCGUGCACACCUUCGAGCGCAACCUGGAGACCGUCCACUGGGAACUGGGCAUCGAACUCCCGGAGCAGGCGGCCGUGGUCUACACCACCGAGAGCGAUGGGUCUUUCUUGCGAAGCCUGGUGCCCACCUUUCUCCUGAUCGGAAUCCUCCUCUAUGUCGCAAGGAGGGGCCCGAUGGGGGCUGGGCAUGGCAGGAGAGGAGGGGGCCUCUUUACCGUUGGCGAGACCACAGCCAAGAUCAUGAAGAACAACGUCGGCGUGCGCUUUGCAGACGUGGCUGGUUGCGAAGAAGCCAAGUUGGAGAUCAUGGAGUUUGUGAAUUUCCUGAAGAAUCCCAAGCAGUAUCAGGACCUCGGGGCCAAAAUUCCAAAGGGAGCCAUGCUCACUGGUCCUCCUGGUACCGGCAAAACGCUUCUCGCCAAGGCGACUGCAGGGGAGGCCAGUGUGCCCUUCAUCACCGUGAACGGGUCCGAGUUCCUGGAAAUGUUUGUCGGCGUCGGUCCAGCUCGGAUUGACGCGAUGGGCAGGAAUUGCGGCCGUGGGCACUUUGGGGGCCAGAGCGAGCAGGAGACCCUGAACCAGCUGCUCGUGGAGCUAGACGGGUUCAGCUCUACCACGAGCGUCAUGGUGCUGGCGGGCACCCACCGCCCCGACAUCCUUGACCUGGCCCUGACGCGGCCCGGCCGGUUUGACCGUCAGAUUUGCAUUGGCCCCCCUGACAUCAAAGGCAGGUCGUCCAUCUUCAGGGUCCACCUGCGUCCACUCAAGUUGGACGAGAGCCUCAGUGAGGACGCCCUGGUGAGGAAGCUUGCGGCCCUCACUCCAGGCUUCACAGGUGCUGAUAUUUCUAAUGUUUGCAACGAAGCGGCCCUGAUCGCCACCCGCCACCUGAGUCCUUUUGUCCAGGAGAAGCGCUUGGAGCAGGCGGUUGAGAGGGUCGUCGGAGGUCUCGAGAAGAAGACGCAGGUCCUACAGCCCAGCGAGAAGACGACGGUGACCUACCGUGAGGCUGGCCACGCGGUGGUGGGCUGGUUCCUGGAGCACGCAGACGCCCUGCUCAAGGUGUCCAUCAUCCCCCGGGGCAAGGGGCUCGGGUACGCCCAGUGCCUGCCCAGGGAGCAGUACCUGUACACGCGGGAGCAGCUCUUCGACCGCAUGUGCGCCAUGCUGGGUGGCCGGGUGGCCGAGCAGCUGUUCUUCGGGCAGAUCACCACGGGGGCCCAGGACGACCUGAGGAAGGUCACCCAGAGUGCCUACGCCCAGAUUGUGCAGUUCGAGAUGAGCGAGAAGCUGGGCCAGGUGUCCUUCGACCUCCCCUGGCCUGGCAAGGCACUGGUGGAGAAGCCGUACAGCGAGGCCACGGCCCAGCUCAUCGACCAGGAGGCUCGGCGGCUGGUCAGCUCUGCGCACACGCACACCCUGGACCUGUUGACGCGCUCCCGGGAGCGGGUGGACGAGGUGGGCAGGCGGCUGCUGGGGAAGGAGGUGCUGGAGCGUGCCGCCAUGGUGGAGCUGCUUGGGCCCCGACCCUUUGCGGAGAAGACCGCCUACGAGGAGCUCGUGGAGGGCACCGGUGGCCUGGAGGACACGUCCCUUCCCCAGGGACUGAAGGGCUGGUGCUGGGGGCCGGAGGAGGGCGGCACGGAGUGCCCCCUGCAGGAGAGCCCAGCCUAGCGCCCCUGCCUGGAGAGCAGCCUCCGGAAUCUCCAGAGAGCAAAUUAAAACGCGUGAUAAUCACAAA